UCUUGUCUUCUUUCAUAUGCAAAUCCACUGCCUGCAGAAGAGGAGUCUCACAGUCCAGUGACAUCACUAACAUGUCUCACCUCUGCCUCGGCCACACAAGAGUCUCAUUACAAUCUUUUUCUACCUUCUGCCCCUGUGUAGCCCGCCCACCAGCCAAUAGGAAUCGGCGAGCCUGGUCUCCAUGGCGACGUUGGAUUCCUUUCAUUAGUACACAGAGCUGCAGAGAGCAGGGAGCUGUAUAUUAUCCCGAGUGAAGGAUUACUUAUUUUGUUGUCUAGCACAGAAGGGUUAAUUAAAAGGCAUCAUGAAUACUGACUUUAUAGUAGUGACAGCUGCAAAAAGUGGAACUUCUGUCAGGCUGAAAGCAAAGAAUACACAGGCAUUACGUGUGGAAAAUAUGCAUCUUGAGAUGCAAAAUCAGGAGAUGGAACAGAAGCUGAAACAACUACUAUCAAGCAUGAGCAGGGAGAAAGAAGAACGAGAGAGAUCAAAAGGCUAUCAUUGGAAGUCUGGCCAAGCUGGAAACCAAAGUCAGGAUAAAGAGAAUAUGAUAAAGGUUUCCUCUGGAAGAAUAAAACUGAAAAUCCUAAAAGAUUCAAUGCCAGAGCCUGAGAUGCAGAAGGUAGACUCUAAAAUGGCUAAUGUUAUGGGCCCUGAUAGGCCUAAAGUGAAAGGCAAAGCCUGUGGACAAUGUGAAUCAAAAAGUGCAUUACUGAUGUGCCUGGAGUGCGGAGAAGAUUAUUGUUCUGCCUGUUAUGCUAAAAUCCAUCAAAAGGGGGCAUUAAAACUACACAGAACCAGGCCUAUUCAGAUUAGAACUCAGAGAGAAGUUUCACAGCAAAGUAAGGAAAGGAUAUCUGAUGAGCCAAAAGACUUUGAUAAAGAUAAGCCAACCAGUGGUGGCAACACAGUGUCUACUGGUUUCACUGCUUUUAAUGAGAAGCAAGAAGUAAAGAAUCAGAUUCCCAAAGUUGCAAUAAAUAGGCAUGCUUCUGGUGGCAAGGAAUCAUUGCUUCAUGGAACUUUUAAUGAGGAAGAAUCUGCUAAGUCAUUUAAUGAUGUCCUGCUGGAAUGGAGGAGGGGAGUGCAGGAGAACCAAAAGAAGCAAUGUUCCCUAAAAGCAGCAACAGAUUGUACUGGAAAUUCGGAAUCACAGACUGUUAUGACAGUGAUCACAAAGCCAUUUGAAGUGGAGUUUGCAGAAAACAGCCUUACCUAUAUGGAGAAACUGAUGCUUAAAAAACACAGAAGAACUCCAAUGAAUCGUGCAGGCAGCCAGCAGCAAGAUAAAUGUGAAUGUUUCCCGACCUCUGCAUUAGAGCAUGAACUGAAUGAGAGCGAUUGCCUGACAGCUGAAGAAAUGGAAGACCAUGAGCAUUGUGUUGCUUUGUUCAAGCCGGAGAUACAUGUAAAGAAUGAUGUGAGCUAUAACCCUGCUUUGAAGAUUGUGGAAUUAGAUAAGACUCCAGAUGCAGAGCUUGAAGAAUCUACAGCUUGUUUGGUUUUUGAGGAUGACUAUGAAUUAAAUAGCCAACAAAGUUUCACAGAUAAAGAAAUUCAAAACAGUCAAUCUGUUGCAAAGAUGUCAAGAACGUCACCCAUUCAAGCAGGAGCAAAGAGGCCAAAAACUCCAUUGCAAUCAACAUUCUCCAUUAAAGGAGACAAGGCGUUAAGGGCGUAUUCUGCUUCCCUACACAAAGAAAUGACACAAGAUCAUCUGCUUACAGCCCCAGAGCUUAAGGACAGCAAAUCAAUGGAAUACAAAAGCUUUAAUGAGAACCAGAGUUUGGAUUCAGCCUCAGCUGGAAAUGUGUCCAAGGACCUCAGAAGCAUUGCUCUCAGGGAGAAAUGUGUGGUAACUGACUAUCAAGGCCUUAAUGGAUUUCUUGUGCUGGAUGUUGACACAAAGGGAGUGAAACUAGACCACAGGUCACCACAAUCUCCUGACCCCAAAACUUCAGAUGAAAAGAUCACCUGUAUAGGUAGUAACCACUGGAGACCCGCCAGCAGCUUAAGCAUGUGUGCAGAUGAGGCUGUUGUUCAAGACAUUUUAGAGAAAGCACAGUUUCAAUGUAACAAACGUUUCACAGAGAAAGGUUUUAGUCCUAGGCAAUCCAAUUCUAAAAUGAAGCUGAAACCAGUGACAGGUAGUCAUUCUGUAAGAGCUUAUUCAGCAAACUCUAACUCUAUAAGCAGGACAUCAAAAUCAAAUAAUACUCCACGGCCAAGCUCUGCAGCAGCAAGACCAAUAUCAAGAGCAGCAAGUGAGAUUUCAGAAAUAGAAUAUAUUGACUUGACAGAUAAAGAUGACCCACUCUUGGAACGUGCAGAGGAACAAAAGGUUCUUGCUGUCUUGAAAAAAGAAUUGGAUGUCUUACAAAUUGAUUCAGGCAUGAAUGAAUCCUGGCAUCAAGGAAAUUCUCACAGUUCAUUACAAUUCAGCCCACCAGGCGAAAGUUUAACCCAUUUCAGUGAAACCUAUCAAACCAACCAUAGCAUGCCCGUGCGUACAAAAGGAUCCCUGGAAAGUCAUGAUGAAGAAAGUUAUUCAGAUGGUGGUGAUGAUGAUGCUCUGCAGGAUAGGCUUAAUGUGCUGUCACUUCAAUAGAAUUUAGUUCCAAAGCCCUCAGAAGAAUUGAAAGUCCUGUUGAUUUUUCCAUUUUCUAUUGAUUUCAUACUGUUUCUUAAUUUCUCAUGUGAAUCAGUUGCUUUUAAAGACUUACAUGUAUGAAAAUGUAUUUAGGUAUUUAUGAAAUUAUUCACUCUGCUGUGAAAUUAUUAUUUUUAUGGGGUUUGUUCUCAGCAUUUCAUUUAAUGUUGCUAAUAAUAUUUUUUCAGUUUCUCAUUCA